UUCUCACGGAGGGAUGUUCCAGCCUCGCUGAGGAGGAUUUGUGGAUUUGCACAGGGGGCAGAGAUGGAGGCAGGAAUCAGCUUUGCAAAGUGAACGCUGCAGCAAUGGUGGCUUCCCAGCUGGCUACACAGCCUUUCCACAGCUCCCCAGGGGAGAAGAGGGGAUUGUGCCUAAAUGGAACCCCCUGGAUGUGGCAUCUCCUGGAGGAAUGUGUGGAGACAGCCUGGGAGUACUGGAGUGUUGUCAUGGGGCUGACCUCCAUUGUCUGCUUUCUGUUUGCUGCUCUCCCGCAGAUCCUGGUCUCCUGGCGCACCGGCAGGGUGGACCAGGCACUGUCCCUGGGCUUCCUGCUGUGCUGGGUGGCUGGAGACCUGACCAAUUUUGUGGGCUGCUAUUUAACCAAUCAACUGCCAAUUCAGAUGGUCACUGCUGUUUUUUAUGUCAGCAUGGAUAUCAUCAUGAUUUCCCAGUUUGUCUACUACAAGCUGAAGAACCAGGAGAUGAGGAGAUGCAGCAAAAGCCUGAAGAGCCUCUGUGUGACCUGGGUCGUGGUGUGUGGAGCACUCUGUGCAGUUUUACUCUCUCAGCUGCUAGUGAGGAGCCAAGGGCAGAGCACAGUGAGCAAAAGGAGUAAUAGCUCUCUUGAUAUGAUUGAGAUGUCAGGCUUCAUUUGUGGCUACAUCUCCUGUGUCUUCUACCUGGGAAGUCGAUUUCCUCAGCUCUAUAAAAAUUUCCAAAGAAGAUCCACAGCAGGCACCUCUUACCUGCUCUUUGCCCUAGCCAUGAUGGGGAACUGCACCUACGGACUGAGCCUUGUCCUGAAGAUGCCAGCUACCAAAUCCUUCCAAGCCCUCUACUUCCUCCACCACCUUCCCUGGCUCAUUGGGAGCUUUGGGGUUCUGCUUCUGGAUGUUUUUGUGACUCUGCAGUUCAUCCUCUACCACCAGCACAAGGAGGAGGCACAGCCUGCUCUGCUGGCACUGGAGGUGGAGCCCUUGCUGGUGACGGAGGAGGCUGCUUAGAGGCAGGCUGGAUGCCUCCUGGUGGCUCCAUUGGACUUCCCUCUUGGAUUUCCCUCUUGGAUUUCCCUCUUGGAUGACUUCAGCAAAGAGUUAAACUUCCAUUUCUAAUUUCUUUCUUUUUUAGGAGACCAACUUACUCCUUACUCAUUGAUGUUGUCACUAAUUGAUCUUAAUGCAAAGGAGAAGCUAAUCACACUGCAUUUCAUCCUUGCUGUGCUUGGAGCUGGGGGGUCCUGGGGAGGAGCAGCUGAGGGAGCUGGGGGUGUUGAG